GGAGGGGCGGGGCCUGCCUUCUUCCUUCCUUCCUUCCUUCCUUCCUUCCUUCCUUCCUUCCUUCCUUCCUUCCUUCUCUCCGAGCCCGAGCCUGCGGCCUCGUCCUCCGCCUCGUCAGUCCUGGUGAGUCUCGUUGCCAGGCCUCCUCCCGAGGGCCCAAGAGGAGCCAAGGCCCAAGGGAGGGAGGGAGGGAGGGAGGGAGGGAGGGAGGGGAGGCCGAGGAGGGCCCGGGCCUGGCCCACUCCCAGGCGGGCCUUCCUCUCUCGUUCUCUCCCUGGGAACACAGGCCACCACCGCUCUCUCUCUCUCUCUCUCUCUCUCUCUCUCUCAGCCAGGCCUGGGCAAGCUCCGGGCCUCCCUCCAGGGCGGGGUUUUGGACUCCAACUCCCAGAAGGCCUCCCCUCAGGCCCCGCAGGCCUCCCCUUCACCUCCACCUCAAGACUGCGGGGAGAGAGAGAGAGAGAGAGAGAGAGAGAGAGAGAGAGAGAGAGCAAGGGACUGGGGAAGGGAGGUCAACAGACCAAGAGAAGGAAGGAAGGAAGGAAGGAAGGGCGCUCGGAAAGGGAGGGGCCCCCAGGGAUCAGCUGGCAUGGACAUUCACAACAGAGGGACAUGCAGACAAAGGGACAACAACAACAACAACAACAACAACAUUUGUAUCCUGCCACCAUCUCCCCCAGAGGGGACUCGGCGUGGCUCACAGAAAGAUCCCAUACAAAACAGGAACAAUAUACAAGACAGCAAUCAACAAGAAGCCCUGCUUGACUCUCAAGCCAAAAGUGGGUGGUAGAAAUCACAUGGUACAAAAGCUGACUGGCACAACCUGGGGAUCCCAACCAGGCCCUGGAAAGACAGGCGCUUGGCUCCUCUGCUGCUGAAUUCACAGGCCCAGUGGGGAAGACAUCUCACCACGUUCAAACAGUGGACGUGGCUCUUCAUGAGACAUGCCGCACCGUCACAGGAUGUCUGCGCCCCACACCACGGGAGAAAUGAUACUGUUGAGUCCCUCUGGGGAGAGAGGGCAGUCUAGAAAUGAAAUGAGGAAAUGUGAUUUUUGGCUGAGAAUUUCGGAGUAGAGCCUGUGGAGGGAUUUCCUUCCCUUGAAAGAAAGAAGAGGAGGAAAAGCAUCUUGGAUACUGUUGGGUUCUUCACCAGAGUGGUUCCAGCAUGGAGAGACCCAACUCACGUGGGCCUGAAGCAGGACCUGGGGGCAGUGGGGAAUCCUGGGAAAGAACCAGACAUGAGUCCCUGAGUGUGGACCUUGACAGCUCGGACACACAGCGCCAGCGCUUCAGGCAGUCCUCCUACCAAGAGGGUGAAGGACCCAGAGGGGUUUGCAGUCGUCUCCACGAUCUGUGCCGCCAGUGGCUGAAGCCAGAGCAGCACACCAAGGCCGAGGUGCUGGACCUGGUGACCCUGGAGCAGUUCCUGAGCAUCCUGCCCCCAGAGAUGGGGAGCUGGGUCCGAGAGUGUGGGGCAGAGACCUGUUCCCAGGCGGUGGCCCUGGCGGAAGGCUUCCUCCUGAGUCGGGCCGAGGACAAGGAGCAGGAAGGACAGGCCCAUAAUAACUCCAUGGAAGUCCCUGCACCAGAGGAAUCUCCACCAGACACCACCCAGAGUCUCAGGCAGAAGGAGCUGAAGCGGGAAGGAGACGGGGCUGCCGCCUUGCCGGGACUGCAGUUGUCACCUCUGAGGCCUGUUUCUGUGACCAGCUUUCCACCCCUUGCUCUCUCUCCAGGGUCUGGAAUGAUGCUGUGGCCGAAUCCUCAGCCGUUUCUCCCCCUUUGCGAUGGAGUGGGACUGAGUCAGGUAAGCAGGAGGAUUCCUGGGAGAGGAGGACUGGGCCUGCCGGGGUGCCUUUGGUUCCAGGAUUAAUGGCCAAAUAUCUGUUUAAACAGACAAGAUUUAAUGCGUUUCCUUAGAAGUGAAAUACUAAAGGCACAAUUACAAGGAGGGGAAAAAAUGAAGAGAAAACUAAAGAAACCAGAAUGGAUGUUCAAAGAACUUUCAACGGAGCUAAGAUUUAAAAGGGACAUGUACAUGAAAUGGAAAGGGGAGGAUCACCAAAGAAUGUAAACGACUAAACAGCAUAAGCAUAAGUAGCAGAUCAUGAAGAAGGCCAUCUGGAAUCACUUAGAAAAAAUGCUGUAAUCACUGAAGGGCAAGAUGGGUUUCUCCAAAACAAGUCAUGCCAGACUAAUCUGUUUUUCAGUAGAGUUCCAAGCUUGGUAGAUGAAGGAAAUGCAGUGGGUGUAGCACAUCUUGCUUUCAGUAAGACCUUUGGAAAGGCCUCUCCUGGUUUUAUAAACAACUAGUAAAAAGUGGGCUGGAUAAUACUCCUGUUCAGUGGAUUUGUAAUGGUUUGAGUGACAACGGGUGGAGUGGGCCCAGUACUGCUCAACAUGCGUAUCUUAUUUUCAGAUGACAAAAAAUUAGCAAGCAUAGCUGACAGUCUAGAAGAUAGGAUCAGAAUUCAAAAUGGCCUGAACAUGUUAGAGAGCUGGGCCAAAACUAACCCAAUUAAUGUCAACAAGAAUAUAUGUAGAGUAGUACACUUAGGCAGGAGAAAAAUGCCAUGCACAGGUACAGGAGGGGCAACACCUGACUUGACAAUCAUUCAUAUGAUGGGAUCUUGGAGUGUUAGAGGACUGCAAGUGGAACAUGAGCCAACAAUGUGAUGCAGCAGCUGAAAAGACAAUGGGAUUUUGGGCUGCAUCCCAAGGAAUAUUGUGUCUAGAUUCAGGGAAGUCAUGGCGACCUUCUUUCUGCUUUGGGGAGACCUCACCUGAAAUUACACUGUGUCCAGUUGUGGGCAUCACAAUAAAAGGGGGAACAUA